GCGAAGUAAAAUCGGAGGGAGACUGUGGAGGACCGCACUAAGACGCCAGGAAUGUAUUUCUUUCCAAAAUGGCACAUCAUAAGGAGGAAAAAAAAAAUAGAAUAAAAUAAAAUAAAAAACAGACCCCCCGGUUCGUAUUUAUGUGCAUACGUGUCCUUCCAUUUGCAUGACUCCUACACAACUGCACAACCGAAGGAUGACGCAGGAUGGCGUUCAGGUUUAAGCGGGAAGGCUGCUAUAGCAAAAACAGGCUGAGCGAGCUCUUCCGCAAAAACCAAACCUUCGUCAACCAGCUCAUGUACGAUGUGACGGCCUUCCACUACGAGAACUACAUGAAAAAUAAAAUUCGCCAGAGCAUAAUGAACAACUACAACAACAUUGAAAAAAUACAGUCCAUGCUAAGCUUGAUAAAUGGCGAUAAGGAAAAUGCCUUCAAAAUUAAAACUGGACACUUCUUCUUCCGCACCGGAGUGCCAGUUAUAACGCCGCACAUCCAGCAGACCAACGAGUUCGCAGAAAACAACAACUACGUGCACAAUUUUAAAACCAUCAAAAAAAAGUACCUCAAAGAUGCUUACGAUUCGUACAAACACAAAAUUGGCGGUACCGACCCCUCCGUUCCCGUUUUCUACAAGCAUAAGUGAGAACGGUAUGUAACUGUUUG